CUGGUGGGUGACUUUGCCCCAGGCUCCUGCAUCUCCAUGAUGAGAUGGACUAGGGUGAGGACGUGAUCCGGGGGUGCAUGGAUGGGUCAUCACUUUGCCAUGCAUCAGUGCCUGUACUCCCUGAGAACAAAGCUUUUUCUGUUGUUUUUAAAACCCUUCCUCCUUCCUGUUGCCUUUUCUCCCCCUGUCCCCGGCAGAACAACGAGGGUGGUGUGAUUGCCCAGCUCCCCAGCACCGUCACCACCUUCAACCAGACGGGGCUGAAGCCAGGUGAGGAGUACACCGUCACCGUGGUGGCUCUGAAGGACCAAGCCAGGAGCCCCCCGGCCUCCGACAGCAUCUCCACCCUCAUCGACGGCCCGACGCAGAUCCUGGUGCGGGACAUCUCCGACACGGUGGCCUUUGUGGAGUGGACUCCGCCUCGCGCCCGGGUGGACGCCAUCCUGCUGAAGUACGGGCUGGCGGACGGGGAGGGCGGGAGGACCACCUUCCGCCUGCAGCCCCCCCUCAGCCAGUACUCCCUGCAGGCCCUGCGGCCCGGCGCCCGCUACCACCUCGCUGUCAGCGCCCUCCGGGGUGCCAACGAGAGCCAGCCGGCCCUCACUCAAUUCACCACAGAGAUCGAUGCACCCAAGAACCUACGGGUGGGCUCCCGGACCCCUGCCAGCCUUGAGCUCACCUGGGACAACAGCGAGGCAGAGGCAAACAGCUAUAGGGUUGUCUACAGCACUCUUGCUGGAGAGCACUACCACGAGGUUCUGGUGCCACGGGACACUGGCCCCACCACCCGAGCCACUCUUGCAGAUCUGGUGCCAGGGACAGAAUAUGGCAUUGGGAUUUCAGCCGUGAUGGACAGCCAGCAGAGCGUGCCAGCAACCAUGAAUGCCAGGACAGAGCUUGAUAGCCCCCGGGACCUCAUGGUAACAGCUUCCACAGAGACAUCCAUCUCACUGUCCUGGACUAAAGCCAUGGGUCCCAUUGACCAUUACCGUGUCACCUUCACCCCUGCCUCGGGGAUGGCCUCUGAGGUGACAGUGUCCCGUGAUGAGUCGCAGCUCACCCUCUCUGAGCUGGAGCCAGGGACAGAGUACACCAUCUCCAUCAUCGCUGAGAGGGGACGUCAGCAGAGCCUGGAGGCCACCGUGGAUGCUUUCACAGGGGUCCGGCCCAUCACGCAGCUGCACUUCUCCCAGCUGACAUCCUCAAGUGUGAACAUCACGUGGAGUGAUCCGUCCCCCCCUGCAGACCGCCUGGUCCUCACUUACGGCCCUCGGGAUGAGGAGGCAGCACAGCAGCUGGCACUUGAUGGCACCCGCAGGCACGCCAGCCUGACGGGUCUGCGGCCAUCCACCGAGUACCUGGUGUCCCUAGUGGCUGUCCAUGGUGCAGUCAGCUCUGAGCCCGUCACAGGCUCCAUCACGACAGGGAUGGAUGCACCAAAGGACCUCAGAGUGGGCAACAUCACCCAGGACUCCAUGGUCAUCUACUGGAGCCCUCCUGUUGCUCCCUUUGACCACUACAGAAUAUCCUACCGUGCUGCUGAAGGGAGGACAGACAGCACGGCCAUUGGCAGCGAUGCCACUGAGUACACCAUCCGCCUUCUGCAGCCUGCCACCAAGUAUGAGAUUGGAGUGAAGAGUGUGCGGGGCCGGGAGGAGAGCGAGGUGGCCUCCAUCACCACAUACACAGCCAUGGAUGCCCCGCUGGGUGUCACCGCCACCAACAUCACCCCCACUGAGGUACUGCUGCAGUGGAACCCGCCGCUGAUGGAUGUGGAGAGCUAUGUCCUCGUCCUCACCCGCCACACAGUUGUUGCAGGAGAAACAAUUCUGGUGGAUGGAAUCAACCAGGAAUACCAGCUGACCAACCUUCAGCCCAGCACCACCUACACGGUUGCCAUGUAUGCCACCAAUGGGCCCCUCACCAGCCAGACCAUCAGCACCAACUUCACAACCCUUUUGGAUCCUCCAACAAACCUGACUGCAAGCGAGGUCACCCGACGGAGUGCACUGCUCUCCUGGGUGCCUCCCGUGGGAGACAUCGAGAACUACGUCCUGACCUACAGAUCAACUGAUGGAAGUCGCAAGGAGCUGAUUGUGGACGCUGAGGACACGUGGAUCCGCCUGGAGGGUCUUUCUGAGACCACCGAGUACACAGUGCGCCUGCAGGCUGCCCAAAACGCCGUGCGGAGCGGCUUCAUCUCCACCACCUUCACCACGGGUGGCCGUGUCUUUGCCAACCCUCAGGACUGUGCCCAGCACUUGAUGAACGGAGACACGCUGAGCGGUGUCUACACCAUCUCCAUCAACGGGGACCUCAGCCAGCGGGUGCAGGUGUUCUGUGACAUGAGCACGGACGGCGGGGGCUGGAUUGUCUUCCAAAGGCGGCAGAAUGGGCUGACUGACUUCUUCCGAAAAUGGGCAGAUUACCGGGUCGGCUUUGGGAACUUGGAGGAUGAGUUCUGGCUGGGCUUGGACAACAUCCACAAGAUCACAUCGCAGGGACGCUACGAGCUGCGCAUAGACAUGAGGGAUGGCCAGGAAGCAGCAUAUGCUUACUAUGACAAAUUCUCCAUCGGUGACUCCCGGAGCCUCUACAAGCUCCGGAUAGGAGACUACAAUGGCACUUCUGGGGACUCCCUCACCUACCACCAGGGCCGCCCCUUCUCCACCAAGGACAGGGACAACGACGUGGCCGUGACCAACUGUGCCAUGUCCUACAAGGGGGCUUGGUGGUAUAAGAACUGCCACCGGACCAACCUCAAUGGCAAGUAUGGAGAGUCCAGGCACAGUCAGGGAAUUAACUGGUACCACUGGAAAGGCCACGAGUUCUCCAUCCCCUUCGUGGAAAUGAAGAUGCGACCUUACAACCACCGUAACAUCUCUGGGAGGAAGCGACGGUCCUUACAGCUCUGAGCCAGCAGAACUCCCUUCCCACCACCUGACCUUUUCUGUCAUUUGUUUGUAUUUUAUAAUAUGAAAAGGGGAAAAAAAAAAAAUACUCCUCCUCUGAGAUAGCAACCUGCCCCUCACGAGUCCUGGAGGGAACCACAGCACAAGCAAAGGCUGUGGGGAAAGAAAGAACUCAUUGCUUUGCAUCUGUCCCAGAGAAAUACCAAAUUUCCAGUCUCCCUACCCCCAUACUCUGGCCCUUAACAUGAAAAGAAAGAGAAAGAGACAGAGAGAUUUUUUGAUAUUUUUGUUAAAAUCCCCAGCAAACCCUGUCCGACAGUUUUGUUACAGGGCUGGUGGCAGAAGCCUUCCCAGAAGGGAGCCUUGGUGCCAUCAUUUCUACCCCAAGGCACAGCCAGGGAUAUCUGGCCUCCUCCCCAUCCCUGUCCUUUCUCAGCAGGGAGGCCCUGAGCCCCUAUAGACACCAUCCUUCAACAAGCAAGCUGUCACACUUCAAGCCCGUGGCAAUGUGUUUGGGUUACACUGAGCUUGAGAGAAAAAGAGAAGAAAAUAGAAGAUGAUAGACUGAGUUAAAAAAAAGAUCAAUUCUUUCAGUCUUGAAGUCAUGAUUAGGGUCUGUUUCUUCUGCUACUUCUUUAUGCCACCAUGAUGUCAUUCACAGAGGUCACUGGUCUCAAACCAAAGAGCCACAGAGAGGGACCAGCAACCAAAAAAGCCAUCACACAACCAGAGCUCAGCCUGAAGCCAGCAGUUGUGUCAUGCCAUGUCCAGGGACCUGUACGCAGCAGGGGAUGAUGACAGCACAGCCAAGAGAAGACAAGUGCAUGCUGAGAAAGGCUCGUUGCCUUCCCUCUACACCAUCCCUCCAUGCUUCCAUCACAAGAGGGACCCAAAUCUCAGUGCCUUGGUAUCACCAUCUUUCUCAUGGGAAAUCAACUACUUCCCUCCUCAAAAGAAGGCUUGGCCCAUUUAGAUUUUGGAGCACUUAGAGACCCUUGAAAGAACAGACGCAUUCACUCUUCCCAUUCUUAAUUUCCCUUAAGGAAAACGGACACCUCAGGUAGCCUUUGUUGUGCUCUGCUGCCAUUGCUGCCACCUGCACAGAGCCCCAGUGGCCAUCACCACGGACCCAUCGCUCCGCAGAAGCUCUGCUCAAUGCUGUGCUUUGUCACCCAUGUGUCCCAGGACAAUGCAGCCCAUCGCUGGAUGCACAGCCGAGGCAGAAUUACAAAUGCUGAACACUGCUUUUUGAUUUUACCACACUGAAGCUGCUUUGUUUCAGGAAACAUCUUCCAGAUGGCAACAUAAAGGCAUCUUUACAGUAGCUUAUAAUUCAGGCCAGUGUCUCUUUCAUGGUCAUGCUCCUUGAUUUGCUGACGUUACUCAUCACCCUGCGGAGCUGAAGGAGGGCAUUAAGCAGGAAUCCAGCCCCUUUGUCCACGCUGGGCACACAACUUCAGCUGGCCCCAGGGUCGGGAUUAGACAUGGGUUCCAGCCCCCCAAGGUGGGCAGUUCACUGCCUGCUGUCACAAAUCAGAUUUUAAUCCAUUCUCACCAAGUGAGUCCAGCAGCUGAGGCACAAGCCAGGCAGGAGGCUGCACGUGUUGAGAUCUCUGCAGCAUCACUGAUGGCAAUAUUUCAGUCCACUUGAGCAGCCCGCCCCCAUUAAAGAUCCCAAAAAGCAGCAGGCAGGACUGAUUAAAACUGAAGAGGCCUCCUGCUAGACCAGCACAGUAACAUCUUCCCCAUAACCGCGAGUUUAUGGGUAAGAAGUACCUUAAAUAAAGUGCCGUAGUAC